ACUUAUCUGAACUUAUUACAGCUGAAAUAAGUGAAAAUAAGGUGAACAGAAUGGACCCUUAGAAUUGCUAAUUGGAUAUGGAACCUUUAAUGGUGUUAGUGGCUCUUUACACAUACCUCCAAUACCACUAGCGGUUCUAUAUAUAGAACCGCCAAUAUUGUUAUUGUUAGCGGUUUUAUACGGAUAAAUACUCGUACCAAUUUGACUUGUACUCGUAUAAGGAUAUUGUUUGCAUUUUAGCAUUAUUUAGGAAAAUCGCUAAAAUAAAUAAAUAAAUAACAAAAAAAAAAACCACCGAGAAAGUGAGAAACCCUUACCCAAGCCUCUUUCUUGCAUGACGGACCAAAUCAAUCAAAUUUCCACUUCGUCUAAUAAAUUCCAAUAUUCUCAUAUUCUCCCUUCCUUGUUAUUUUUGAAGCAAGCUCAUUUUAAUGGAAGAAUCAAGAUUGACCCUUGUGACUACUAAGCCUUGCUUUGGCCUUCCCACUGCUUGCCCCGAUUGCUUGCCUGUUUACUUUUAUCUCAAAUUUGCUCGUCUUCCCUUUGAUUUGUGCUUCCAUUCUACUUUUCCUGAUUCAGAUCAAAUUCCAUAUGUUGAGUCUGAUUCUUACGUGGCCUACAACAAUGAGAAUGGCGGGGUCAUCAAUCGCUUAAGAGAAGAUGGUAUUGUUGAUUUGGACUCUGAUUAUCACACUAUCCCAGAAUGGAUAUCAAUGAAGGCGAUGGUUAGCAGCUGGCUUGUGGAUGCCCUUGUAUAUGAGCUAUGGAUAGCUUCAGACAAAAAGUCUGUACAAAAGAUCUACUAUUCUGAUCUUGCAUGGCCCAUUGGAACUAUUCUCUACUUCAAGCAAAUUCAUGCUGUGAAGAGCCAUCUUGGAAUCACCAAUGAAAAUGCCGAGAGAAUAGAAACUGAGAUCUAUAGGAGGGCGAGCUUAGCAUAUGGAGCUCUUUCAACUCAGUUGGGGGAGGAUUCUUAUCUCUAUGGAGACAGGCCUAGUAGUUUGGAUGCCUUAUUCCUUGGUCACUCGCUGAUUGCCCUUCAGGCUUUACCUGAGACAUCGGUUUUAAAGAGCAAGAUUUUGAAUUUCAGCAAUCUUGUGAAAUAUACUGAAAAGCUCAGUGCUGAGUUCAUUGACUCUUCACCAGAAUCAGCGGUUCCAGCUUGGUCAAAAGUUUCAUCAUCUGAAGGACAGCCGUCAUCUUCAACAAAAAAGCCAGGAGGCUUUUCUAACUGGAGUUCAAAGCCAAAAACUAAACCUAAAAUGGAAAGGUCAGAGGAAGAAAAGAAGUUCAGACGAAGGGCCAAAUACUUCCUAGGAGCUCAGCUAAUAUCGGUCCUCGUGUUCUUGUCACUUCUCGGUGGCUCUGAUGUUGGUGAAGUGGAAUAUGACGGAGAUGAAGGUGUAAAUUAUCUCAAUUAAGCUCAGAGUAGAUUAUGAGGCUCAGUUACUCACAAUCCAUCCGACCAGUUCUUUGCCAUCAUUUUUGUAAGAUGUCGACGUAAUAACCCCCCAACCCUUGUCAGCCAUCUCUGCAUGGAAAAGACAGGAGUUUUGGUUCACAGUUGAAGGAAUUUGUUCCCAUAAUGUUUUUUUUUUUGGAAGAAAAGAGUUGAAUCAUUUGUUACAAGUAGGCUACUCGGCUAAUCAUGUCCAGAACAAAUAUGUACACUGAGUUUAAGCAGACCUGUGUUAUCAAUUUUGAUUUUUGAUUUUUUAUUUUUUUUCCUUUUUUGGUAGGAAUCAAAUUUGAUAAAUUGAUAGAAUGAACUACAACUUUCCCUCAAACUAAAAAUAAAAAUAAUUUACAUUUACAUUUCA